AUGAAAUUCCUCCUGGCCUUCGUUUUGUGCUCUUUGAGCUCUGGAUUUCCACUGGUCACCGAAAUCCCAAACCCGGUUUUCAGUGAUUUCGAUAUUCCGGAUACUGUGGAUGACCUCGAUCCGACCACUGUCGUCCAACUUUUCAUUCAAUUCGAAGAAGUGUGAGUUGGCAUUUUGAAAAAAAAACGCAUUUUUUCUCAACUUUCAGCUACCAAAAAGCGUACCGUUCGCCUUUGGAGCAAGCGAAAGCUCGAGCAAUAUUCCAGGAUAAUUUGCUGAAAAUUAUCGAGUAAGUUUCCAUUUUUCACGCAUUUUUUUACCAAUUCUUUUAAAUUUCCAGCCUAAACCGACAAUAUUCGAACGAGUCGCUCCGAUUCGGCAUCAACUAUUACACGGAUUUCAGCGAUUUGGAGUUUAGCGAAAAAGUCGCUAAUCUCCACGUGGACACUGUUCCGGAAGUCGGAAAUUCUCUGGAAACGUCGGAAAAUUUGACGGAAAUUCAAUCUCCGACAAAUUUCGAUUGGCGAGAAAGGAAGGAUACUGUGAGCGGAGUCAGCAAUCAAGGUACGGGGGGUUAAAAGAAUUUGGUCAAAGUUGUGGCCUAGAAAACUCCUAGGCCAUCGGAUCUUUUCACAAUCCGCAGACGAUUGUCAAAGUGCGCGCGGGAAGAGUUUUGACACCAGAGUUUUCUAGGCCACGGCCACAUCCUAAACUUGCCAGCGGUCCUUUAAAACUUUUUGCAGGCUACUGUGGCUGUUCGUGGGGCUUCACAGUGGCUUCGGUCGUCGAAUCGGCGUUUGCGAUCAAGAAUUCGAAAAGCGUGAAGGCGUCGGAGCAGCAAUUGUGCGACUGUGCUCAAGGCGGAAAUGCGGGGUGUUCCGGAGGAAGUGUACUUGACGGAUUGGAGUACGUGAAGAGAAACGGGAUGACGACCGAGGCGAACUAUCAGAGAAAUGUGCAGGAGCAGCAGGAGGACUUUUGCGCCGACCGCAACGACAGGGUCAGUUGUACUGCUUGUUAUCUCGGCUGCCGCCAGAGAUAUCAAAAAGUUGUCAACUGACAAAAUGUUCAUUGGGAAAUUCUGUACUUUUUAUCAGUUGACUACUUUUUGAUACCUCUACCCACAGCUGAGAUAUCGCAUGAAUCACAACUCACUAAAAAUGCCUGUCCAACUCCAGAUCGCUGUCUCCGAUUAUCAGUUCGUCCGACCGGCAACUGCCACUCAAAUCCAAAAAACUCUUCUGAAAACGGGUCCGAUCGGCGUCGGAUUCAAAGUUUCCAACUCGUUCCGCCACUACAAAUCCGGAGUUUUUACGGCGAACGAUUGCGAUAAAUCAGAGCAUUUUGUGAGUGAAGCCCAUUUUCAAAAUGUCUAAACUCACUUCAACACAUUGCAGAUCGGUUGGCACUCGGUGACUGUAGUCGGAUACGGUACCGACAAAAACGGCCACGACUUCUGGAUCGCCAAAAACUCGUGGAGCCCGAGUUUCGGCGAAAACGGUUUCUUCCGGAUGGCCAGAAAUCGCGAUUUGUGUGACAUCGAGUCAAAAAUGCCGGUUUUCGUGGAAAUUUGA